GCCCCGGCUCUCCCUCCGCUACAUCAACCAGCACAAAAAAAAAGCGCUACCACCGGGCAGGCACAAGAACACCGGCCAGGUGAAAUGGACGAGCCUUCGGAGCAAAUGCGGCCCCUCCUGAGAACAGGUCUAGAUGAGGAGGCAAUAGUUGACCAUGGAAAGACCAGCUUCACAACUCACACAAACUAUGAAAAAGAAGAAUUGGAAAGCCACAGAGCAGUAUACGUAGGCGUCCAUGUUCCUCUUGGAAGGGAAAGCAAGCGGAGGCAUCGCCACCGAGGACACAAACACCACCGAAAGAAGAAAGAGAAAGACUCCGAGGAGGGGAAGGAAGAUGGCAGGGAAUCCCCCACAUACGACACACCGUCCCAGAGGGUGCAGUUCAUCUUGGGCACAGAGGACGACGACCUCGAGCACGUCCCCCAUGACCUCUUCACUGAGCUGGACGAGCUCUCCUUCAGAGAUGGCAGUGCCACUGAGUGGAAAGAGACUGCCAGAUGGCUGAAGUUUGAAGAGGAUGUGGAAGACGGUGGGGAGAGGUGGAGUAAGCCCUAUGUGGCCACACUGUCACUGCACAGCUUAUUUGAACUGCGUAGCUGCAUACUUAAUGGCACAGUCAUGCUGGAUAUGAGGGCCAAUAGUAUUGAAGAAAUCGCAGACAUGUUAAUAGACAGCAUGGUGGCGUCGGGUCAGCUGAAGGAGGAUUUGCGCGACAAGGUGCGGGAAGCAAUGUUGAAGAAACACCAUCAUCAGAAUGAAAGAAAGCUCAGCAAUCGCAUCCCGCUGGUGCGCUCUAUUGCUGACAUAGGCAAGAAACAUUCUGACCCACUCUUGCUUGAAAGAAACGGAGAGGGCCUCUCCUCUUCACGUCUCUCUCUCCACAAGCCAGGGGCAGCCUCCUCUGUCUCCAACCUGUCCCAGAGACGAGAGUCCAGAGUCUCCGUCCUGCUCAACCACCUCCUGCCCUCUACUUCCUCCAACACUGGGCUGUCCCCCGGCCACUCUCCCCACACCACCCCUCAAAAUACCCCUUCGUCUUUUCGCCGUUCCUCUCAGAGCUCGUCACAAACCCAUGGCGCGGGCCUCGGCCCUCAAGGCAUCCCUGAGGUUGUGGUAUCUCCUCCCGAGGAUGACGACCCACCCAACUCUGCAGAAGAAGAGGCAGUGUCACCACAGCUCAGCCGGAGAGCAUCCUUGGCAUCCCACAACCAUGAGCUGCUGCCCUUAGAAGGACCGCUGGUGUCUCCAAACUCUCUCCCCAACAACCUGGACGGCAGCAAGGCAGCGGAAAGGAGGCCAUCUAAAGUAGGGGUCAGUAGAGAAAGCAGCAGUGUCGACUUCAGCAAGGUGGACAUGAAUUUCAUGAAAAAGAUUCCCCCGGGUGCCGAGGCUUCCAAUGUGCUGGUGGGAGAAGUGGACUUCCUGGAGAAGCCCAUAAUUGCAUUUGUACGACUAUCGCCGGCGGUCCUUAUCACAGGCCUCACUGAGGUUCCUGUGCCUACGAGGUUUCUUUUCCUACUGUUGGGUCCUCAUGGUAAAGGACCACAGUACCAUGAAAUUGGUAGAUCCAUGGCCACACUAAUGACAGAUGAGAUUUUCCAUGACGUGGCGUAUAAGGCCAAAGACCGGACGGAUCUUCUGUCCGGGAUAGAUGAGUUCCUCGACCAGGUGACCGUCCUGCCUCCUGGGGAAUGGGACCCUACGAUCCGGAUCGAACCCCCCAAGAAUGUCCCCUCACAGCUGAAGAGGAAGAGACCGACCCAGCCCAAUGGCACUGCAUCUCCAGCUGGAGAGCUGGAAAAAGAGGAGGACCAUGUUGUAGGGCCUGAGCUGCAGAGGACUGGAAGGAUUUUUGGAGGUCUGAUUCUGGACAUCAAGCGGAAGGCGCCCUUCUACUGGAGCGACAUCAGGGACUCGUUCAAUCUGCAGUGUCUCGCCUCUAUCCUCUUCCUCUACUGUGCCUGCAUGUCCCCUGUCAUCACAUUCGGAGGUCUGCUCGGGGAGGCAACAAAAGGCAACAUAAGCGCCAUAGAGUCUCUGUUUGGGGCAUCACUGACAGGAGUGGCGUACUCCCUGUUCGCAGGCCAACCCCUCACUAUUCUUGGCAGCACAGGGCCUGUUUUGGUGUUUGAGAAGAUUCUCUUUAAGUUCUGCAAGGACUACAGCCUGUCCUACCUGUCGCUGCGGACCAGCAUUGGUCUGUGGACAGCGUUCCUCUGUCUCGUCCUGGUGGCCACAGACGCUAGCUCGCUAGUCUGCUACAUCACCCGCUUCACAGAAGAAGCAUUCGCAGCGCUAAUCUGCAUCAUCUUCAUCUACGAGGCUCUGGAGAAGCUCUUUCACCUGGGAGAACACUACCCCGUCAACAUGCACAACAGCUUGGACAACCUCACCUUGUACUCAUGUCAGUGCUCGUCACCAGCCAACGCCUCAGACGAGCUGGUACAGAAGUGGAACCGGACAGGAUACAGUCCAGACUCAAUCCCAUGGAGCAGCCUGAACGUUUCGAUGUGCAAAUUGCUCCAUGGGGAGUUUGUGGGUCCUGCCUGUGGCCACCACGGGCCCUACAUCCCAGAUGUUCUCUUCUGGUCCAUUAUCCUCUUCUUCACCACCUUCUUUUUGUCUUCAUUCCUCAAGCAGUUUAAGACAGAACGAUACUUUCCCACCAAGGUGCGUUCCACUAUCAGCGACUUUGCUGUGUUUAUAACCAUCAUGAUCAUGGUGCUGGUGGACUAUCUCAUGGGGAUCCCCUCUCCUAAACUGAAUGUUCCUGACCGCUUUGAGCCGACUUCAAAGAACAGAGGCUGGCUCAUGGACCCACUGGGAGAAAAUCCCGUUUGGACGCUGCUGGUGGCGGCACUUCCUGCCCUGCUCUGCACCAUCCUCAUCUUUAUGGACCAGCAGAUCACUGCAGUCAUCAUCAACCGCAAAGAGCACAAGCUGAAGAAAGGCUGUGGCUAUCACCUGGACCUGCUGGUCGUCGCCAUAAUGCUGGGCGUGUGCUCCAUCAUGGGCUUGCCAUGGUUCGUGGCCGCAACCGUCCUCUCCAUCUCCCACGUCAACAGCCUGAAGGUGGAGUCCGGCUGCUCGGCACCAGGAGAGCAGCCCAAGUUUCUGGGCAUCAGGGAGCAGCGGGUCACUGGAUUCAUGAUCUUUGUCCUCAUGGGUUGUUCUGUGUUCAUGACGUCAGUGCUCAAGUUUAUUCCGAUGCCCGUCCUGUAUGGAGUCUUUCUCUACAUGGGUGUCUCGUCCCUCAAAGGCAUUCAAUUCUUUGACAGAAUCAAAUUGUUUGGCAUGCCCGCCAAGCACCAGCCCGAUCUGAUCUACCUGCGCUACGUGCCGCUGUGGAAGGUCCACAUCUUCACCCUGGUGCAGCUCACCUGUUUGGUGCUGCUCUGGGUCAUCAAGGCUUCUGCAGCAGCUGUUGUGUUUCCCAUGAUGGUUCUGGCGCUGGUCUUUAUCCGGAAGCUGCUCGACUUUUUCUUUACCAAGAGGGAGCUGAGCUGGUUGGAUGACUUGAUGCCAGAAAGCAAGAAGAAGAAAGAGGACGACAAGAAAAAGAAAGCGCGUGAAAAGCUGGAGGAAGAGUCCAGGCUGCAGGAAGAGGAGGAGAUGGGCAUGAAGGUCAGCUUUGAAGGCUCAAACCGACUCAACAUCCCGGUGAAAGCGCUCUCAGGGAGUUCUGAUUCUGACCCCUUGGUUGUAAAUAUCUCUGAUGAAAUGGCCAAAACCGCAGUGUGGAAAGCAGUGAACUCGAAUGCAGAGUCUUGUGUCCAACCUGUGAAGCGUAGCGGAAGCCAGGAGAAGGUGGCCUGCGUCAGGGUGGACGUCAGCCCGGACUCGCCCGGAGGAGGCUCCACCGCCGAGACCUUCCUGUGAUCAGGGGAAGGCCGUCCCUCCUUCCUGAUUCCUCCCCCCCCCUCCUCCACAACUCUCUACCCCGCCGAUGGGGGGACGCUGAACUGGAGCAGCACAACCUGUCUGCAGAGCUCCCUUUUUCCUCGAGGGCGGCGGGCGAGCUCCCCCGAGGCCGCGAGUCCACCCCGGUCUCGGAAGUCCUACACGUGCAGCACGCGUACAAACGGCUGCCAAGCUGCACUGUUGAGCAAACAUCUCCACGAAACGAAGGAAUUUUGCUGUUACUGCCCACCGACGCUCACUGUUUGGGAAAUCCUCUCAUCUAGCAACUUCUGUUCAUUUGUUAUUUAAACCACAGAUGCCAAAGGAAGGCCUCACGGUGGGAGUCUGUACAUUUUAAGUUCAGUUUUAUUGUUUUUAGCUGGUCUCAGUACUGUACGGUUUAUUUCGGUCCUUCAGCUCAUACGCCGUGAGCUGCAUCGUUCGUUUCAGCGUUUUUAAGACCUCACACUAAAACUACACCAGCUUGAAAACUCAUUUGAUUAAAGCCAUUCAGGUACCGUCGGUGUCAGACGAUUAUAUUUUUUCUAUUAGUUCUGGCACAUUAAACGACAAACCAAAACAGAGGUACAUUCAGACAGACGCUACACGACGCCGCCGCCACACUAAUACUGCCGACAUCCUCGUUGGAUCCAUGAAUCAUCUCUCCUGCCUCCAGGGGGAAAAAAAACAAAAACACUCAGUAUUGAUAUUGCUGCUCGAAAAAAGUUCAUGUAAACUUCACUGUUCAUAUGUGAUCUUAUAGAAAUAUCAUGAUAUAUAUGUAUGUAUGUAUGUGCACUGUGUUCAUUUGUAAUAUGAUAGAAAACCUACUUCAGAGGCCAUAUGACGUCUGUACUGUACAGGAAGCACUUUGCCAGUAUAGUUUCUUACCUAAAGCGGAUUCUAGCGUGUUAAUAAAAAAGGUCGCUCCUCCUCCCACAGUAUUUAUGGAGCCAUUGGUUGUUUAAAUGUCAGUUAAACAACUCGGGCGGCUGAUUUCUGGUCACGAGGCGGCGAUAAUUAACCCGUGUCCCUCUCAUCGCAACUAUUUUAAAAUCAUAGAAUAUAGUGAGGUGCAAAGUUUAAAAAAAAAAAAAAAAAGAGAACAUUUGUGACCCCGGCUGUUUUUAUACUGUCUGUGUUAAUGUUGUUGAGUGUGUGUGAGUGUGUGUGUGUGUGUGUGUGUGGGAGGAGAUAUAAAGAUAAUU